AUGCUUGAAGGCCCCAACAGGUCCGACUUGGAACUCCCACUGGCCAGGCAUGACUUGUCAGUUGAUACCGGAGAUGCCAAUACCGGCGUAAAGGCAGGCCUUGUAGUGUGUAUCCACUAUGUCACGACCAAUGGCUUUGUCGGCACCCACACCAGAGAUCAGAUGAUGAUAAUUGGAUUACCUGGGAGCCAAGGAAACCACCAACAGGCAAACCAAUUGGCCAGGUUGACAUCCUUUUGCAUCAAUGCGUAUUCUUGCUCAGUCCCAUACCAUAUGAAUCACAGAGAGAGAGUGAGUGAGAGUGCGUGUAUGAUUGAUCUGCAGAAAUAUCAAAAGAGGAAGAAGAGCUUAGCGAGGCUCCUCAUCAACAACGUUGGGGUUGCUGAAGAUCUUGGCGGCGUUGUGCCUCUUGUCUGA